UCCUCAAACCGGCCUGAAAAUAAGAAGGCGGUGACUUAUCGAAUUUAUACAACAGAGCAUCACCAUCGGCGACGUCGCAGAGAUGGUGGUUAGACACAAAGCGGUGGCAACGCUGCCGACGCUGAUGCAAGCGUUGCGGAAGGAGGCGCCUCCAAGGCACAACACUAUGUUGCCGUCGCUUAGAAGAGCCUUUUCUCUCUACGAUCAGAUCAAUCUCAUCAAUGAUGUCCCCGAAGACCAGCUCCGAUUCCAAGAGUUUAAUGACACAGGGUUCAAAGUGAGUGGAGUUAUGUACGAAGGCAGCUUACUUUGUGUAGGAAAUCUGAUCAUGCAAUGGACACCGAAGAAAUUCUCAGAUAUCACUGCUGAGAGCUUAUCUAUUUUUAAGACCGUGCGGCCUGUGCCAGAGAUUUUGAUUAUUGGAUGCGGAAGGUACAUUCAGCCGGUGAAUCCCCAGCUACGGAACUUCAUUCGAUCCACAGGCAUGAAAGUAGAAGCAGUUGAUUCGAGAAAUGCUGCUUCUACGUACAACAUACUUAACGAAGAAGGCAGGAUGGUAGCGGCAGCCUUAAUUCCUUACGGAGUUACUUCUUGAAAGCUGCCAACGAGUAUGUUCCUUACAUUUUGUAUGCUUUACUUUCUACCAACACAAUUUACGAGUGUUUGUUGUUUUGGAUUGCACUGUCCAAUUUUAUUAUAGGGAAAAUUGAAAUCACCUAACUA